AUGCCGGCAUACUCGAUUAUUUCACUUUGGCUUUACCCACCAAAAGAAAGAGAAUGUGACGAAGACAUAUUUCCACCAGAUAGUAUUUUGAGGCUUACUGAAAGUAUAAGAGAAAUGCUAUCCGGGUUUCUACAGGAUAUAAUUGAUUCUGCUGUCUUUAUCGAGAACAAAACUCUUUCAACUAGAAAUAUAUACGAAAAGAAAGAAACAGCUACAAAAUAUAAUUAA